AUGCUAACAAUAUAUAUUUUGAUUGCGUUAGCAAGUAUAUGUUACUUUUGGUACUACUAUUUGACAAGAACAUUUAAUUAUUGGAAAUCAAGAAAUGUAGUAGGUCCAAAACCCGUUCCACUUUUUGGCAAUUUACAAGACUCUGCUUUUAGGAGAAAGAAUAUUGGAGUGCUUUUCAAAGAGAUCUACGACGCAUAUCCUAAUGAGAAGGUAGUUGGAGUGUUCAGGAUGACAACUCCAUGCUUAUUGCUUCGCGACCUUGAUGUGAUCAAGCAUGUUCUGAUAAAGGAUUUCGACUACUUCUCCGAUCGAGGAGUUUCGUUCGGCGAAAAAGGCUUGGGAAAUAAUUUAUUCCAUGCUGACAGUGUUAUGUGGCGUGUCUUGAGGAAUCGAUUCACACCAAUUUUCACCUCCGGAAAACUUAAGUAUAUGGUUUAUUUACUAAGCCAGCUCGGAGAUAAGUUCAUCGAGCUUGUCAGUGAUAUUUGUCAGAAGCAACAGGAACAUGAAGUGCACUCGUUAGUUCAGAAAUACACAAUAGCGACAAUCUCGGAAUGUGCAUUUGGUUUGAAAGUCGACACAAUUAGUGAUACUAAUAGUUCCAUAUUCAAAAAGAUCGAUAACAUUGUGUUCGCACCGACGUUUAUUGAUGAGAUUGACAUGAUGUACCCCGGAAUUUUGAGAAAAUUAGAAAUCAACCCUUUCCCCAAGGAUGUGCCAGAUUUCUUUGAGCAACUUGUUAAAACCGUUAUAGAACAGAGGAAUGGUAAGCCAACAGAUAGAAAAGAUUUUAUGGACUUGAUUUUGGGAUUGAGGCAAGAACGUAAAAUCCAAGGACCGAAGAGAAGCGAAGACGAAAAUGAAAUUACUUUAGAAUUAACAGAUGAUAUAAUCGCUGCACAGGCGUUUGUAUUUUAUGCAGCUGGGUACGAAACGAGUGCCACUACAAUGGCUUUCAUGUUGUAUGCGUUAGCAAAAAAUCCCGACAUUCAAAUUAAAGUGAUCGCUGAAGUAGAUCAAGUACUCGAAAAAUACGAUGGCAAGCUAUCAUUCGAAGCUCUCAACGAUUUGAAAUAUAUGGAAAAAGUUUUCUAUGAGACUCUUAGAUUUUAUCCCUUAGUUGAGCCAUUACAAAGAAAGGCACAAAGGGAUUACAAGAUCCCUGGGAUGGAUGUGAUGGUGAAAAAGGGUCAAAUGGUACUCAUAUCACCUUUAGGCAUCCAGCACGAUGAAAAAUAUUACCCGAACCCGGAAAAAUUUGACCCCGAAAGAUUUUCUUCUGAAAAUUCAAGUGGACGCCAUACUUGUGCAUAUCUACCGUUCGGAACCGGUCCCCGGAACUGUAUAGGUAUGCGGUUUGCUAAAUUACAAUUAUAUGUUUGCUUAGCAAAAUUAUUUUCGAAGUUUCGAGUUGAACCCUCAAAAAGAACCAUGCCGGCUCUGAGGUUCAUUCCUCGACGAUUCCUCAUGGCUGCCGAAGGCGGAAUUUAUUUGAAUAUCGUACGGAGGGACAUUUGA